AUGGCAGAAGAUAUCAGAGGCGCCCUCCUUCGGGCAAGCAAACCCCCAACCAAAGAGCUGUUCAGCACUUUAAUCACAGCGAACCACAUCCUCCACCACCACAAUGUCGUCGACGCAUUCGGCCACAUCUCCGUCCGAAAUCCCCAAAACCCAAACACAUUCUUCCUCUCCCGCAAUCUCGCCCCAGCCUUAGUCAAGAGUAGAUCCGACAUAAUCGAAUACCGAGUCGAAGACUCCGAACCCAUUGACCCUGAAGCCCCCAGAGGCUUUGCCGAACGCUUCAUCCACAGUGAAAUCUACAAAAAAUACCAAGACGUCAAAAGCGUGAUUCACGCACACAAUGAAAGCGUCCUACCUUUCUCCAUUGGUAGCGUGCCAUUGAAACCCGUAUUCCACAUGGCCGGAGCCAUAGGCCCCCAAAUCCCCAUCUACGACAUCCAAAACCACUACAAAUCCUCCGACCCGCUCCACUCCCUCCUCAUAACAACCUCCCACCUCGGCGCAGCUCUCGCCGCGGGCUUCAACCCGGGCACCACGACGCAAAAACUCACCGGAAUGAUAAAAAACUACAUCACAGCCUCCACCCCGGAACCCGUCCCUUACCCACCCAUCACGACGGUGCUAAUGCGAGGACACGGAUUCACAUGUGUAGGCACGUCGAUCGAAGAAGCAGUGUAUCGUGCGAUUUAUACGUGUGCGAAUGCGAGGGUUCAGAUGCAAGCUUUGCUACUGCAAGGGACGUAUCAUGUCGGGCUCGUGGCGGAAAGGGUCGGGGGGAAAGAGGGCGGCGAUGCGAGACCGGAAGGGAUUCGGUAUCUGAGUGAGAGGGAGUGUGGGGAUAGUUGGAAGGCGAUUGGAGAGCAGGCUGCUAGGCCUUGGGGGCUUUGGGUUGAGGAGGUGAGGUGUCGGGGUUUGUAUUUUAAUGAGUUGGAUCAAGUGGAGGCUUGA